AUGGAUACUCUAAACACCCAUCAACUAUCCAUUCCAACCCAAAUCAAACGCAAACAGUGGUUCAUGGAUUCCUCUAAUGGCAAUCACAAUGUUCACAAGCCUCUACAUAUUGCAAUGCUUCCAUGGCUCGCAGUGGGGCAUGUAAACCCUUAUUCGGAGCUGGCAAAGAUUUUCGCACAAAAGGGUCACUUUAUUACCUUCAUAAGCACUCCCAAAAACAUCGAUCGCAUGCCCAAAAUCCCCAAAACCUUAGAACCAUUCAUCAAUUUGGUGAGCCUACCCUUACCACACAUAGAGCAUCUCCCAGAAGGUGCAGAGAGCAGGAUGGACAUUCCCGCAUCAAAGAUCUGUCACCUCAAGUUAGCUUAUGAAGGUCUCCAAGAUGCUGUCUCCGACUUGUUGAAAACAUCAAAGCCUGAUUGGGUUUUCUACGAUUUUGCAACUGAGUGGUUACCAGCAAUAGCCAAGAGCCUCAACAUUCCGUGUGCACAUUACAACCUAACCGCAGCAUGGAACAAAGUGUUCUAUGAUCCACCCAAGGAAGUACUCAACUCAAAUUUCACGCUUCAAGACAUGUGUAACCCUACGUGGUUUCCUUUCCAAACAACCCUUCAUCUCAGGCCUUAUGAAAUCGAAAGAGCGAUUCUCUCUCGCCAAGAUGUGGAGACAGGACGCAGCGCUACUUUCGAUCUUGGAAAGGUGUAUUCCAGCUGUGACAUGUUUCUCCUCAGGACAUGCAGAGAACUCGAAGGAGAAUGGUUGGAUUAUGUCGCUGACAAGUACAAAGUGCCUGUGGUUCCGGUGGGUUUGGUUCCACCAUCCAUGCAUAUAAGUGAAGAUGAAGAGGAAGACAAAAAUCCCGACUGGGUCGAAAUCAAUAACUGGUUGGACAAGCAAGAGUCCUCAUCCGUGGUGUACAUUGCUUUUGGGAGCGAGUUGAGACUGAGUCAGGAAGACGUCACGGAGUUGGCUCAUGGCAUUGAGAUUUCCAAGUUGCCUUUCUUUUGGGCUUUGAGGAACCUGAAAGAGGAUUCAUUUGAGUUGCCAGAGGGGUUUGAAGAGAGAACCAGAGAUCGUGGAUUUGUUUGGAAGAGUUGGGCACCCCAGACUAAGAUUUUAGGCCAUGCAGCUAUCGGGGGAUGCAUCACUCACUGCGGCACCAACUCUCUCGUUGAAAUGCUUAAUUUUGGACACGUUCUUGUCACUCUUCCCUAUUUGCUUGACCAAGCCCUGUUUUCAAGGGUGUUAGAGGAAAAGAAAGUGGCAAUGGAGGUGCCAAGGAGCCCGGAAGAUGGGUCCUUUACCAGGGACUCUGUGGCUAAGACAUUGAGGUUUGUAGUUGUGGAUGAGGGAGGGAGUAUUUACAGGAAGAACGCCAAAGAAAUGGGGAAGGUUUUCAGUUCCACAGAUCUUCACAAUCGAUACAUUGAGGACUGCAUUGUUGCUCUUCAGAACUACAAGCUUCCAUCCAACGGUUAG